GUGCAUUUCUUGCGUGCGGUGAUGGGAAGCGGAGCGUCCGCCGCCGCCAACGAGGGAACCCGUCUGGGCCCGGCGGACGACGUGCAGACCGGUCUGACCCGGACCCCCGUCCUUCCAGUCCCGAGUGGAGAAACUUUGCAGGCGGAUGACGGACAUCACGCUGCGGACGUCUCGUCUGUCACCAGCGACCGGUCUCUCGCCGAAGAAACCGAGGACGAUGUGGAAGACCGGGCAGCGUCAAGUGUCAUCAGUCCGACCGUGACCGAAGCGACCGGAGAGGGGGAGGAAGUAUCUGUGAACUUUGAGAGUUUUCUUCACAACAACGGAACUUUGUACAGCUGCUUUGAACACCACGGCAACAGGGUCUACGUGGACGAGGCGCAGAAGCUGCAACCUUUUCCCGAGGAAUGGCUCCACCUGGGACGCUUCCUCAGCCCCAACCAGGAGGUCUCCGCCCGGCCCGCCGCGGUCGCCAGCGUGCCGGCGGUGGCGGCGGCGGCCGAGGACGACCGCACGGGCAGCGUCUUCAUCCCGGGCAAGGGGAACGUGAUGACGUACAUGUUUGAGGAGAAGCUGAACGUGUGCCGGUUCUGGGAUCCUCAAUCGGGCGUUUGGCUGCUGCUGCCCCUCCAAUGGGAGAUGAACGUGGACUUUGUGCAGAGCAGAGUCCAGAGAGUCACGUCCGUCCUGCCAGGCCUUCUGGACCGGAUGGAAAUCACUGCAGCGCUCCGACUUUGCAACUACGACACCGAGGAGGUCAUCUCCUCCUACCUGACGAUGUUCGGGGAGACGCUACUCCAUGCUAAUGCUAAUGCUAGUGCUAGUGCUAGUGGUGACCUCACUUCAUUCAGAGCUCUCCUGGAGCGCGACCGUGUGAUCGAGGAUUUGAGGCAGCAGCUUGAGUCCAAACAGAAAGAGGCGGACGACCAUCUCCACAGGAACGAACUCCUGGUCUGGGACGCCCGCCAUCUGGGCGACAUCGUGCAGAACCUCAACCGCAAGACGGCCGAGCUGGAGGCCGACCGGCAGGAGGCCCGGGAGAAGAUCCGCUCUCUGCAGAGUCGGCAGAUGCCGGCGGCGGCGCGCGCCGGGAGCGCCGCGGCUUCCGAGUCCGCCGUAAAUCCGGAUCGCCUGCGCCAGGCCGGCGUACUGGCCCGAGAACUCAAAGUGUUUGCCAAACAGCUGAGGUCUUGGGUCCUCCUGACGCUGCGCGACUUGAGGAACGUCCUGAGCCAGACGGCGGCCGUCCUGAAGAAGACGGCCGAGGCUCAGCAACGGGCGGGCGACGAGGCUCACACGCUGCGCUCGCUCUACCAGAAGGAGGCGCUGGAGAGACGCACUUUGUACAACAAGCUGCUAGAACUGCAGGGGAACAUCAGAGUCUUCUGCAGGUGCCGGAACGUCACCGGAAGAGGAUCCUCCCCGUGUCUGGAGCAGUACGACCAGCAGGAAGUCACGCUAAUACACAAGAACACCAGGAAGAGGUUCUUCUUCGACAGGGUCUACGCGCCCACCAGCACACAGGAAGAGGUUUUCGCGGGAAGCGCACCGCUCAUCACUUCGUGCGCGGACGGCUACAACGUUUGCAUCCUGGCGUACGGGCAGACGGGCUCGGGAAAGACUUUCACCAUGAUGGGCACCAAAGAGCAGCCCGGAGUCAACAUCAGGUCCAUACGGGAACUCCUCCGUGUCUGUUCACUCAAAGAAAACGUGUCCUACGUUCUCAAGGUUUCGAUGUUGGAGAUUUACAACGACACGCUCAACGACCUGCUGGCGAAAAGUCCCGGCGCGUCGUCCGCCCUGGACCUCCGCGUGCAGGGUAAGUCCGUGUCCGUGCCGGGCCUGACCCACGUGGAGGUCCGGACCGAGGACGACAUCGUCGGCGUCGUGGAGACGGGCGAGAAGAACAGGAAGAUGGCCGCCACCAAGAUGAAUAUACACAGUUCUCGCUCUCACCUGCUGGUGGCGCUGGAGGUGUGCGGCCGCGACUCGCUGUCGGGAGAGAGCAGGCGGGGCACGCUGACCUUGGCCGACCUGGCCGGCUCCGAGCGCAUCUCCCGCACGGAGGCGGAGGGCCCGCGCCUGGUGGAGGCCGCCGCCAUCAACAAGUCGCUGACAGCGCUGGGACAGGUGUUUGCGGCGCUCAAGUGCAACGCCCUCCACGUGCCCUUCAGGAACUGCAAGCUGACUCACCUUCUGCAGCCGAGCCUCAGCGGCGACGCCAAGUGCUGCGUGUUCAUCAACGUGAGUCCGGACGCCGAGGACGCGUCGGAAACGCUCAGCACGCUCCAGUUCGGCUCGUCCGUCCGUCACGUGGCGCUGGGAAAAGCCGGCAAGAACUUCUCCCCGGCCAAAGGCAACAAGACUGCCAAACAAGCCACAGGAUGAGCGAGCGAGCGAGCGGCUGGCCGGCCGGCCGGCGUAUCCGUUCGCACGCUUCAGUCGAGAUGGCCACCAAAAGGUUGCGGGUUUCGCUUCUUCUUGCUGUUACUUUUUGGACUACAUUUAAGUGUAUGUUACAUUACUAUUACUAUUUAUUUAAAUGGAUAAUAGUGUUGGUUUUUAAACGUCAAACGGUAGAAAGGACUCACGAUGUCAUCAACUUGUCGACGUGCGCAGCGCAGAUGACGUGCACCAAUAAUGACGUUUUCCAA